AUGAGUUAGGUUUGUGGUACAAGUAUGUAUAUAUAACCUAUAGAGACAUAAAAGGGAAUUGAGAAAAAUUUAAAAGAGUAAAUUUAUUUUAUGGUGUCAAUAACUAUUUUUUAUUAACUACAUAUGAUAAUUAUGUUUUCCAAAAGUCUAGAAUUAUGUUUAUUAGUAAAGAAAUUAUCAAGCAACCUCGUAGUUGUCAAAGUUUAAACACUUUACUUACCUCAAUAACCUUUCAAUGGCUCAAUAAAUCUACUUUUUUUUUUUUUAAUUUUCAUACCUAUUUAUAUUGCCGAAUAUAUUCAUAUGUUUCACGAAAAUUAAAUUCUUAGAAAUUGUAGCAAUGUUGAAAAUCAAAGCUUUUAAUUUGUGUUUCCUUUGUGCAUUGUUUCUUUUAUCUGUUGUGGCAAGUGAGACAUCCAAAGAAGGUUAUGCAAAAGACUCAAAGAAAAAUAUUUUGGUAGAUAAGCUUGAUGGUGGCCUAAAACCCAUUGAUAUAGAACCUUUUGAUCCAAAUAAGCCCGUUGGUUCGGGAAAUGAAACAAGGGAAGAAAGGUCAAGUGCAAAGGAAGUAAACCAGAAGGCAAACGAAGCAAAGGAAGCAAAGCAGAAGGCAAACGAAGCAAAGGAAGCAAAGCAGAAGGCAAACGAAGCAAAGCAGAAGGCAAACGAAGCAAAGGAAGCAAAGCAGAAGGAAAACGAAGCAAAGCAAAAGGAAAAGGAAGCAAAGCAGAAUGCAAACGAAGCAAAGCAGAAGGCAAAGAAAGCAAAGCAGAAAGCAAAGGAAGCAAAGCAGAAGGAAUGGGAAGCAAAACAGAAGGAAAAGCAUAGGGAAGCUUUGGCAAAGGCAAAGGAAAAGGUAAAGGAACUAAAGAAGAAGGAAAAGAAAGUAAAGCAGAAGGAAAUCAAGAGGGAUGCUUGGGAAAAUGCAAAGGCAACGGCAAUGACAAAGGCAUAUUAUAAAUUUUAUAAUUCGAAAUGGAAGGGGAAAUCGCCAAGGCGUCAUUAGUUGUAAAAAAAAUAUAUAAAAUAAAGCAUACAUUAUAAUCAUUGCAUGAUUGGGUGAAUGAAUAAUACUAAUAAGAUUGAUUUUCAAGGUUAAAUUGGGGGUCAAUGUGAGGGAAAUAAAUUCUAGUCUUAUGAACUUUGAAGGUUAAUUUUUGAAAGAGUCUUCUUUUGGAGAUCAACGUGAACGAUUCUUGGUUGAAGAGACGAUAAAGAUACUUUAACAUUCCAAAUUUUAUAAUAAAUUAAUUUAUA